AUGGGCAGUCAAUCAGGUCAACCAGAGCAACCUAUGGUCUCCCACGGCCGCGGAGGCCAGGGAAAUAUCGGUCACGAUGCAACUGAAUACGUCGACGGCGAAAUCGUCCGCGAAGGAGUCUACGGCGACCAAGGCGACGGCGCAUACUCAGCCGGCCGCGGCGGCGUAGGAAACAUCGGCUCACCGCGUGUGCGCCCAACGUCCAAAGCCCCGCACGACGCGGAGAUGAUUCCCGAGCUGGCAGUUCGUAAUUCUACGGAUGAGGUUUAUCAUACUGGCCGCGGAGGUCAGGGAAAUGUGCACCUCGAUGAGGCGGCGCGGAAAGAGAGAAGAGGAGAAGAAGGCCAAGGGGCCUGUUCAUGA